GGUGCUAAUUACGUCAGUCAGUUGCAAAAGCAUUGUGUCGCCAGGUAGCUAGCCGCUCCUGAGGUUUUAGCUGUUUAUGAAAUUAUAACACCAGGCAGAAAUUUAGAGUGUUCUCAUUUCAGUGAUUAUAGAUUUGGGGACGAGCUCAACACAUUAACCGACUUUUGGGUUUGUUGUCUUAUUAAAGUGAAAGCUGAGGGUGUGGGAGCAGCGCAGCUAGCCGGCUACCAGCGCAGGCUAGUGAAUGUGUUUGUGUGACAGCCCCGGGUUAGCUCGAUAGCUAGCUGAGCAGCGAUAAAACCAGGAAGGAGGAAUGAACCAUAAGAGUAAGAAGAGGAUUAAAGAGGCGAAACGGAGCGCCAGACCCGAGCUGAAGGAUUCAUUAGACUGGAUAAAACACGGCUAUCAUGAGACUUUCGACCUGUCACACCGCACCGUGAAGGACAACGUAGAGCGUGUGGACGCCCUCCACAUCAGCCCUGAAGAGUUCAUCCAGCGCUUCGAGCGCCCCUACAAACCCGUUGUCCUCCUGAACUGCCAGGAGAACUGGCCCGCCCGAGAGAAAUGGACUCUGGAGCGCCUCAAACGCAAAUACCGCAACCAGAAGUUCAAGUGCGGGGAGGACAACGACGGAUACUCUGUGAAGAUGAAGAUGAAGUACUACGUGGAGUACCUGGAGAGCACCAGGGACGACAGCCCGCUCUACAUCUUCGACAGCAGCUACGGUGAACACGCCAAACGCCGGAAGCUGCUGGAGGACUACCAGGUCCCGGUCUUCUUCACCGACGACCUGUUCCAGUUUGCAGGAGAGAAACGCAGACCUCCGUACAGGUGGUUCGUGAUGGGCCCGGCUCGCUCCGGCACCGGCAUCCACAUCGACCCGCUGGGCACCAGCGCCUGGAACGCCCUGGUUCAGGGUCACAAGAGGUGGUGCCUGUUCCCCACCAACACCCCCCGAGAGCUGAUCAAGGUGACCAGAGAGGACGGAGGCAACCAGCAGGACGAGGCUAUCACCUGGUUCAACGUGGUCUAUCCCCGCACGCAGCAGCCCAACUGGCCUCCAGAGUUCGCACCGCUGGAGAUCCUCCAGAAACCCGGGGAGACUGUUUUUGUGCCUGGUGGGUGGUGGCACGUCGUCCUCAACCUGGACACCACGAUCGCCGUCACCCAGAACUUUGCCAGCACGACCAACUUCCCCAUCGUGUGGCACAAGACUGUCCGAGGACGACCCAAACUGUCCAGGAAGUGGUACCGCAUCCUGAAGCAGGAGAGGCCCGACCUGGCAGCGCUCGCAGACAAAGUGGACCUGCAGGAGUCGACGGGCAUCGCAUCAGACAGCUCCAGUGACUCUUCAUCAUCGUCAUCCUCCAGCUCGUCUGACUCCGACUCUGACGCAGAGUCCGGCUCUGAGGGCGACGCCAUGUCCCACCGCAGGAAGAAGAGACGCACCUGCGGGAUGACCGCCAACGGAGACACCAGCAGCCAGGACGACUGCGUCAGCAAGGAGAGGAGCUCGUCACGGUGACCUCCACCUCCACCCCCGCCGCCUCCCUCGCCAUCACUCCUGUACCCACAAACAGACCCACAACUCCAGCUGCUUCUCGUCUAGUCUAGGUAAAAGAGUGGCUGCCAUCAGAGACAAGAUGGCUGCCGCUGAGAGGAGAGGUGUAGAUAAAGGCGGAGGGUGGACUGGGGCGUGGGCCUGCUGGACACCUGCCACCACUGUGCUUUUCAACACCAAUCGAUAUCUGUUUGUCUCUGUAGCUUCUGUAGUGUGAGGACGUGGAGAGAGGAGGAGGUGGAGUAACAGACGGCACUACGUCGGUCUGAGGUCGGUCACACGGUGCCUUCCGUCUGCCUUUCCGGUGAAGGUCUCUGUCUCCGCUCGAAGGUUUUCUCCUCCCCGUCGUCCGGGCCGAGGUUCGCUGAACGUUCGUGUGGAUGCUGAAUCUCCUGCGCAGGUUAGAUGAUGAUGAAGUGAGGACGAGGAGCCUCGGCGCUCAGAGAGACCCGGAUGUGAUGAAUUUCAUUUUGUUGGUGAAUAAAAUCUUUUCUAUGACUCGAAA